UUUUUCUUUUUUUAAAAAUAAUUUUAUAUAUUAAAACAUGCUAUACAUUAACCAACUGCCGCUGGUUAUAGUAACUAACAUACUGCGGUUCGCCGCAGACUCGCACAGACAGGGAAACAAUUCAUGGAAAGAUCAGCUUCACUUACUCACCGUGUGCUCCACCUGGCGUCGGCUCGCUAGUCGCAUGCUCUACCGCCAUAUAUACCUCGAAUACACCACCAACCACAGUGACCACACAGGCAAGCCCAUCUGGAAAACCAACGUCAACCUCGCAGCCAUGACGAACAACACACGCAAAGUUAAAACCGUUCAAAUCGAACUAAGCGAGUUUGAAAUGACCGUUGAUGCGCUCAAUGCCUUAAAAAGCCUGUUUGGCUUUGGCCGGCUUAAUUGGAACCGGGUUAACUUUUUGGAUCUAAAAUUGUAUCUUGUUAAUGGUGCUGUAUCCGAGGAUGAGCGCCAAAUACCGCUUGGCAAUUUGCCUCAGCUGGAGCUGGAGUCGGAGAUGGAAUUGGAGAUGGAAAAUGACUUGGCUCAGUUUGCCCAGACCAUGGCACAGUGCAUGCCGCAUGUCACUCGGCUCAACCUGGACGCCUACACCACCGACAGCAUGGCCAAAAUCAUUGGCAACACACUGGUGAACGAGUACGCAGGGCAGCUCAAAUUCAUAAAAAGUAUAUCCAAUCUCGAGUUCCAAAACACGCGCACAUUUGGGCAUCUUGAGUACUUAAAAACCACACUCAGCAUUGACUGCAAAUCUCUGCUUCCAAAGGUUAAUCCAGAGACACUAGGGUAUUUGGAACUGAGCAACGUCACACAGUCGUUUUCGUGGGAUGCGUUUUCGGGAGAUUCAUGUGGGAGCUCCAAUACUAUUGUGUUUAAGAAUCUGGUGUAUUUGAAAAUGAAUUUUUCGGCCAUGCCGUUCUUGGACAUGAUGUCGGAUGCAAUGUCGGACCGAAGCAGACAUGGUACUGGGAAGAACUACCGCGUGCACUUCCCAAAGCUCCGAGUCCUGAAGCUUCACGGCGACCCGGCACAGACGGACUUUAUGACCACUGAUAUGUACCCGGACUACUUGGAAGAGCUGCGGGUGUACGGCGAUCCUGGAAACUUGGCAGUGUGGAAGGACUCAUCGAUAAGGUCGAUGUCCGGCCUUUAUAUGUCAGUGUUUUCAGCCAGCAACAAGGAGGAAGAUGUGUUCUACCAGUCGACCAACCACUUUUUCAGUGACGGCGACAUGGUAGAAUGCGCUGAAAUGACACUGUUUGCACUGGAUUUCCCCCUGGAUCUCGACAGAGUGUGCUGGACUAAUAUCUCAACACUAUCGACCAUGUUAUCCGUCGACUACAGCACUGUCCGUGCACUGGUAUCCAAGCUGCCGCAGCUCGAGCAGCUGAACACCUUCAUGCUCAAGUCCGGCGACCUUCCUGCAGAGUACCGGGGGGUCACUACGCCAGAGCAGGCGCUGGGCUUGGACUUGGCUCCUCUGGACUCGCAGCUGGCCCACCUGUGCAUCUACAACAACACAUAUCUGACGUGGGGCGCGCGGCUGGAUGCUGCAGCGCUGCAGCUGCUGGUACUGCAAACGCAGUCGCUGGAGUCUCUGGUUAUUCAUAACCCGGAGCUGCACGACAUAAUGGUUGAUUUCAUCCACACUUUCAAGGCAUAUUUCAAACACCUGAACUGCAUUGAAGUCAUCUUGAGCAAUUUCUACGUGUGAAUUAUUAAAC